CUAAAAAAAUCCCCCUUUAAUAAGGCUAUUUUAAUCAGUCCACAACAGUCCUCCUGCUCUGUGUUUAAGUCCGGGUUAAACCUCCCCCGCUGGCAGGAUGCUGCUGCUGUGUGCGGUUUGUUUUCCGCACGACAUCGCCUUCGAGAACUUCAAGAUGGCUGCGGGAGACAACAGCGGCCGGGCGCCCUGUUUAAAUUUCUCCUCCCCAGGACCACUGGGGAACAGCCAGCCGAGCAACAGUCCGUACACUUUGGCUACAAACAACGCAGGAGCGUCCGCUGGUGCGGCCGGAAGCUCGCAGAGUCUAGCGAGACGGUCGAACCCCCAGUCGGGGCCUAGCGGCUCGGAAAGCACCGGUGUCGCGUCGGGGCUGCCGCCGAACAUAAGGAACUCACUCCCGCAUGCCGCGGGUCAAGGCUCCGCGGUCGGCGGGUCCAUGGCCAGUGUAGCCUCAAACAUGCUGGGCUCGACCUCGAACUUCCCGCCUACAGCAGCAGUACCGGCCACCCAUUCGUCUCUAUCUUCAGCAGCUCCGGCUGCAGCGGCGGUUCUGGUUUACCGAGAGCCCGUCUAUAACUGGCAAGCGACGAAAAGUACCGUGAAGGAAAGGUUCGCCUUCCUCUUCAAUAACGAGGUUCUUAGUGACGUUCAUUUUCUGGUGGGCAAAGGACUCGGGGUGCAACGGAUACCUGCACACAGGUUUGUGUUGGCAGUUGGCAGUGCUGUGUUUGAUGCCAUGUUUAACGGCGGAAUGGCUACCACUUCGACAGAAAUAGAGCUCCCUGAUGUAGAACCUGCUGCUUUCCUGGCCUUGCUAAAGUUCCUGUAUUCUGAUGAGGUCCAGAUUGGUCCUGAGACUGUGAUGACCACUCUGUACACGGCAAAAAAAUAUGCUGUUCCGGCCCUGGAGGCCCACUGUGUGGAGUUCCUCAAGAAGAACCUGCGUGCUGACAAUGCCUUUAUGCUCCUCACACAGGCACGGCUCUUUGACGAACCCCAGCUGGCUAGUCUGUGCCUUGAGAACAUUGAUAAGAACACUGGUGAUGCUUUGGCUGCCGAGGGCUUCACAGAUAUAGAUCUGGACACGCUAGUUGCUGUGCUCGAGCGGGACACGCUGGGGGUGCGAGAAGUGCGCUUGUUUGGUGCGGCGGUCCGUUGGGCCGAGGCUGAGGCCCACCGUCAGCAGCUGCAGCCCACACCUGAGAACAAGAGACGCGUGUUGGGUCCAGCGCAGUCUGGCAUCCUGACGGACAGGGAAGUGGUCAGUCUGUUCCUGCACUUUACAGUAAACCCCAAACCACGUGUUGAGUUCAUUGACCGACCACGCUGCUGCCUGCGCGGCAAAGAGUGCAGCAUUACACGUUUCGGCCAGGUGGAGAGCCGCUGGGGAUACAGUGGAACCAGUGACCGUAUCAGGUUCUCAGUAAACCGCAGGAUAUUUGUUGUUGGUUUUGGACUGUAUGGUUCCAUACAUGGACCCACAGACUAUCAGGUCAACAUACAGAUCAUUCACACAGACAGUAAUACAGUUCUCGGUCAGAACGACACGGGUUUCAGCUGUGACGGGUCAUCAAACACCUUCCGGGUCAUGUUUAAAGAGCCAGUGGAGAUUCUGCCCAAUGUAAACUACACAGCCUGUGCUACUCUUAAGGGUCCAGACUCGCACUAUGGUACCAAAGGAAUGCGGAAGGUUACCCAUGAGUCCUCAGGGUCUGGAACCAAAACCUGCUUCACAUUCUGCUACGCUGCUGGCAACAACAAUGGCACUUCCGUUGAGGAUGGACAGAUCCCUGAGGUCAUCUUCUACACAUAGUAUGACCAUUUGACUUUUUCAGGGUUCCAGGAGUAGAGGGCCCCUUUGGGCUGUUGGAAAAAGCUCACUGGUGAACUUGCUAUUCUGACUAAUGCACUAAAACUUAUUGAAAGAACUGAUAUUGGUGAGUAAUGUAGUGGAUGGUGGCACCACAUAGAUACUGCCUCCUACUAAGACUUUCUUCAAAAGUGGGAGUAGAACUAAUCUGCUUGCUUAAUGAUAACUGAGAAGAAAAAACAAUGGACUGUUGAGGAAAAAGUGUGCUUUGUCCUCACGUUAAAGGUCCAUAUUGAUGUAUCAGAGCCUGCAAACUGUAAACAAGUCACUUUUUGUACUGGUAUGACUGACCUGGAUGCUGUUUAACUGAACUGCAGAACUGUUGUCAACCUUCUUGUCUAUAACAGCUAAUCCUUGUGAGUUAGAAGGGUUUACCUGAGAUAGUCUGAGGAAAAUUUUCACUAAAAAUCUGCAUCUCCUAUGAGGAGUGUAAUUUGAACUGGAUUAACAGUAACUCCAUUACGCCUAUUUAUUAUAGCCAGAGAAGUAACAUUAGAGAAUGAAGCCAUUCGAGAACACUGGGGAAUUCUGCGCUGUCAAGUUCCCUCGCCUUCUGUGCCAAAAUAUUGCGCUUAAGUAAAAUGCCUCCUUAGAAUCCACUUUUUCUGUUUAUCCAUGCAUGCUCUGCCCAUAAAUGCAGUUCCGUAGCAGCUGUUCUGAGGAUGAAGCUUUACAGAAAAGUGUCAUAAAUCCCAUUCAGGGAGGGAGAAUGUAGUCAGCAAAUCCAUUUCAGCAGCUUGGAUGGGAAUUUCACUUAAACAAAAUUCCAUUUUAAAAAAAUACUGCAUCAUUUCAGUGGCUAUUAUGUAAUCAGUCAUUCAGAGUGGUUUAAUUGGUUCAUUGUAGAGUGACUAAGGAUUUCUUUGUAAUGAUGGUGGUAGGAACCAGGAGUCACAGUGUCUACACCGCAAAUAUAGCUAUUUUAUUUACUGUCCAAAUCCACCAGUAAACCUACACAUGACUUCAGUUUUUAUAUGUAUUUUGUAUUUUGAUAACGGUAAAAUUGUAAAUCCAAGAACUAUACUUUCUUUGGGGACUAUUUUGCCUUGGAAUGUGCUACAUGUACCUCUUCACUGUGACAAGAUUUAAGUUUUUAGGACAAAACUGUAUUAAAACAUAAAACAUUGUCUUUGACAUCAGGCAGCUACUGUUGGUAGAACUGGUUGUGUAAAAACUUUCUGUGCAGGACCUUUUUAGAGAAACAGUUCACAUGUCUGCUUCCUUUCAUCACUGUUGCUCAGUGCUAGAUAAUGGUAAGCUUCUCUAGAAUUGAGCUUCUCACAGCAACCCAUUCUGAAUGACUGUUUACUUCUUAACCAUUUAAUUAUGCAGAAUUUCAGAAAAGUCAGUGGAAUACCCCUUUCCUCCAUGCUACUGGUGUAGACUACAAUAUUCAGUUGACCACCGGUGGGGAAAAAAAAAAAACCCUCUGAACUUUCUGCUAAGCCAGUCAGACAUUGUCCCUAAUGUUAUUCUAGUCAAUUAAUAACACAUUCUAGAUGAAUGUAUUCUGACCAAAAAAAACCACAAAUUUCAAUUUCUUAUAAUUGAAAUUUGAUGUUGAAAUGGGGAACAGAUAGGGGGAAAAAAAAGAAAAGGCAUUAGUGAGUAGAGCAUGGAUAGAUCAAUAUUGUCAAUUCUUGGAGGUAAAACUAUCCCAAAUCAUCCUAAGCUAUGCAUGCAGUUCUGUAGGUCACAUUAGACUGUUUUGUGAACUAGCAUGCACAGUGUGGAGAAUCCACCCUCUGCUUUAGUUGUGCCUAAUGUAUGGAGUCCUCAUCUCAAUGGUGACUUAAUUCAGUGAGUCAUCUUACAGGCUAUUCCAAACACAUCUGUUUGAAUAGAUUGUCACAUAUCCAGCUGUUAAAACGUCUGUUCGUGUCUUGUAGUUCACCUGACAAAUGUGAAGCAUGGAUGUGAUAGUUUUAAAGAUGCCCAGCAAAGUCAUUGUCAAUCUUUAGUGAGUGGUGAAUAAUAAUACAAUAUCACGUCAUUUAAUAUUAUUUAUUCAGCAAAAUACAUCACCAGCAGUCACUUCCGUUUUUAUUGAUUUGGCAGGCAUUUUGGGUUUAAUUGGCCACUAUUCAUUGGGUGCCAUUUAGUAACCCCUUAAGGACAAAGACUUUCUUGUGCAUCUUUAAUAAAACACAUGGCAUCCCUUGUGUAGUGUUAAUAAACUGACAAAUGUCUCAACACCACGCAGACUAAACUGGGCUUAAGGGACUGUUUCAUCACUAAUUGUUCUGUAGCUGAACAAGUUCAUGUGUAGGACUUUUUUUUUUUAAUUUGUCUUGUCUUGUUGUUUGGUGGGAGCAAAACGGGGGUUUUGUUCUUUCUAACCGGGCUAAAACUGUAAAGUACUGGCACACCUUGUGUUUAAAAAAAGAAAAAGAAAGAAAGAAAAGAGAAAAAAGCUUUCAAACAAUGGCUGUUAAACGCAUAUGCAAGUGUUAUUCAUUUUACCUGAAGCUGAACACGUUUGUAAUGACCUGGUUAUGAAUGUAGGGGGACUUUGAACCAUAUAUGAACUGUGCACAGAAAAGCUGUUUUUUUUUUUUUUCUUUUUUUUCGUUUUUUUUUUUCUUGGUGAUUAUAUUUAAUUUUCGGGGUGUGGGGAAAGAUUAGGGCUGCAUAACAAGUAGCAUUAUAAAUAAACUUUGUUUGUAUCUGCUAUGAA